AUGGCUGCUGCCUCAUCCGACACCCUAAGUGUCGGAGGUAGCAAUUCUGCGGGGGCGCCUUGUCACUAUCGCCUCGCGAAUUUCCAUUCCUUCUCUCCUCAAGGGGAGCGCUCGUCUCCCGAAAGCCGUGCAGGUCUCCGCUCUUCUGGGCAAGGUGAACAAAGCGAGGCGUUCCUCUUCCAGCACGACGAAUCGCCGGCCGAACACCCAAUCCCCGCUCCAGACACCGGGGCUUCAGGUGUACAGACACCCCGGCGAACGCGCGGCUCGUACAUUGCGUCGUGUGGAAACUGGAGCGACCUUGAUUUUUCCUCAAUCAUUUGGACUCGCCGGCACCACCCGUCUCCUGGGUCUCUUCGUUCCGAUCAAAAUGCGACCGAACAACCGUCUGCCCCUCCCUUUAACGCUCAGCUUUGUCGGAUCUGCAAUGGCUGCCGUGGAAACGGACGCAGUUGCCUGAAGGGGGUCAGAAAAAGCCUCUUUUCCUGCGCCACCAAAGCACACGCAGAAUGUGCGUGGCCCUCGCGAUACCUGAAUGCGGGGCUGUCCCGUCUCGGCGAUCGCCUCGCCUUCCACAUCGUUGAACAUCCAGACUUCUUUCUUAAGCGCGCUGUGGCAUGUGGCGUCGUUCUCCUCGUCCUCGCUCUUGUAUCUGCAGCAAUCUCGUUUGGGACACCUGGCUUCGAUCCUAACGCCACGCUCCGCCUGGAUCGCGAAACGGCUUCUCGUUCUUCCGCGUCGACAGAGCUGCCGUCGCUUCGGGCCCCGUCCGUGGAGGAGGGAUCCGCGCGCUCACCCCACGUGUUUGGGGAAGACCGACGAGAAGGUCGUCUCAGUCACAGGUCCUUUCUGGAAUCAAACUUUCCACAGAAUGCGUCCGGCAGCUCGUCUCUGUCUCGACCGGCUUCUCACCGAGUCCAUGCAGACGACAGAUUUGUCGGAGAGCCCGUUUUAUCCCACGCAAACGCCUCAUCAAGUGCCUCAGCAUCCGCGACGGCUCUAGCUUCGCCCUCGGGCGCUUCUCCUCUCCAACCUUCUUCCUCUCACUUUGCUUCCCUCGACCUGCCGGCUUCGCACGCUGCAGCGUCCACCUCUCCCCUCUCCCCUGCCGGUUCCGCUGCGUCCUCGCCGACGUCUUCUCCUGAAUCUGGUACGCAUGUCAAACCCUCUUCUGCAUCGGGUUCGUCACUUGCGUCCUCGUUGGCACCUCCGUCGGCGGGAAACACUAGUUUUACAGCUUCGGAGGCCCUCCCUGCGAACCAAAACAGCCUUCGCCCCGCUCGCGGUCCCUCUCGCCUUGCCGUUUCCAAAGUCGUUUUCCCAAGAACUAGCGCCAUCUCCUUUCCUGUCGAGUCCCCGCCGCCUGCAGUCCCUGGCGGAGAGCGAAACGAAGGCCUGGCUAGCGACCCGAGCACCGACGCCUGCUCAGGUGGCCGUGUCUGCAGCGGAGAGGCCAGGACUCCAGCUAGCUUCACAGACACCUGGGAACGCCGUGUCUUGGCGCGGCUAGCUGAGGCGCUCCGCGUCCGUUAUGUCGCCGGUGCCGCGCUCUUUCUCCCGGAGACUAGCGAGGCCCGAAAAAAAGGCGAAAAAAUGAAGAGCUUGUUUGGAGAGGACACGCGCGCGACGACGAUGCUGUACGUGAAUGAGAAGGCGAUGCACAUGCGCCUAGAGGAAGCAGCCGAGUUUGCGGGAGGCGGCGAGAAAGUGGAACCAGAGGCGGCUGGAGUCCGCGCGAACACGGGGCAGGCACGCGGUGCGGGCGAAACAGCCGGCUCAAACAGGAGAGCAAUCGACCUCGCCAGCCGUGAAGCGAGCAGGCAGGAGCGCGCCGCCGCUUCGGCUUUACCCGACGACGGCUCUGUGCAAGCGAUGAGGGGAUCAGUCGAUGCUGGACGGAAUACCAAACACGGAAGAGGGGGCCUGUCCCCACCAGGUUCGACCUCUUAUUCGCCUUCGUUGUCUGUGGGGUUUUUGGCGCCUGGCUCCGUGACACCCGCCGAUGUGCCGGGGGCGCGGAGUGGAGCCGGAGGCGUGCCGCAGAUCCAACGCAACGCAGAGACAGCGGCAGACAAUACUCUCUCUCUGCCGAGCACGCGAGAGAGGCAAAGAGAUCGCCCUGCUACAGAGGAGGCGAGACGGCGGCGGUUAUCUGAAGAAGCCGAUGCUGCCUUCUCUCUGGGUGAGAAACCCAACCCGCUUCCGGGCAGCGCUCACCGUUUGCGUGCGUCACCUGCGGACAGGCCAUCCCAGGACUUGGAAAAGGAUCCGUUGAAGCUCGCACUUCAGUCUUCCUCUUCGCCAGGGGGGCCAGUUCCAACUACAGGCCUUCUGUCUCGCGAGGUUCUCAGGGAGAUCUGGGCGUCUCAACGAGGCUUCCAAGACGAUGUGGAGGCCCGAGGCAAGACGUGGCGAGAUCUCUGCUCUGCGACACCGACUGCAACAACUGCUGCAGGCUCUCCAUGCAUUGCUGUGGGACUCUUUGGCAUUUACGAAGUCGCCGCGGGAGCGCCUCUGGACUCUCCUGAAGCCUUUGAAGACGCGUUCGAUGGUGCGCAGACGGGUAACGUGACUCUACUGCACUAUGCGGCAGCGUAUGUCCCCUCGUCGUUCUACACGCCGGUGAGGCUCACUUUUGAUUCGCCACUUGCCGCUGGGGUUCGGGAGGAGACACACCACUGCGCAGCUGUUCCGGGUUUGAACAGAGAGGACUGGCGGGAAAACGGCGGCGUGGCCUUGGCCAGCGAGAAGACCCAGGGGGCGACAUUGACACCCCACGACUCAGGAGAAGGCGAAGGAAACGACCCCACUGGGGCCAGACGGAUCUCGGCUGCGCCGGAAGAGAUUAAGCGAAAAGUGAAAACACCUUUCGACUUUCGGCUGGCUUCGGCCGACGCUCUUCUUUUCGUCUACGAGCUGGACAGCUCCAAGGGAAGUUCCGAGGAUCUGGACGCUUGGGAAAGUGCGGCGUCCGCGUGGGCUGUUAACCAGCGGGAGAGGGCGGAGGCGAGAUGGCGCGAGAAGCGGAAAGUGGAGAGGAUAGAGACAGCAGAGAGACCACCGGAGGCCCACGCGAGACAAGGGCCACGUCUACGGGAGAAGCCGGAAAGGCGAGCGGACCAGACCGAAGAAAACGGUGAUCGGUCUCGCAGCGUCGACGGGGUUCUUUCCAUUCUUUCACGAUACUUUUUGGCCCUCGCUUCCUACGUUUCGUCUCUCUAUCCUUCCUCUUCGUUUGCGUCGUCCGGUUCGUUUCCUGCUGAACUGGAUGACUCAGAUCUUCGGUGGUCGGUGCAUCUCUUCAAUUCCCAGGUGGCGUCGCGAGAGAGUGUCUUCACUGUUGCGCGGGAGACGCCGUUGCUGGUGUACACGUUUGGCCUCGUUUCUCUCUUUCUAUUUCUCGUGUUUGCCUCUCUGGGCGGGCUCCCAUGGAAAGGCUGUUUGUCGCUAACGCUGGGGGUGCAUGCAGUCACUGUCUUUUCCGUGGCGGGCGGCUUCUGUUUGGGACACCUGCUGUUUCGCAUUCCCCUCACCCCGCUCGCGCCGCUCGUCCUGCAUCUGCUGCUCGGCUUCGUCGCGCAGUUUUCGGUCUCGACGCUUCUCCAGUUGAGGCAGGCACGCGGCAGGGAAGCUAAGAAACGACAGGCGCAGCAGCAUCCGAUCUCCCCGCCGAAAGAUCCUGCCUUCGCGCCUCCCUCGCGCCUCUCCUGCGGCUCUCACGCAGCGAGGGCGGGGAGCGUCUCGAUGACCCACGAGGGAGACUCGCCGACUGUGGCUUCUCCUCGAUACGAAGACGACGAGGACGAUCCAUCCCUCCUUUACGUUUCCCCUCUCUUCCCAGGAGUCCCACGGAGCGCGGGGUGUAUCGACACCGGAUUUGAAGCAGCCAGGGCGCCUCUGGUGGCACGGGGGUCUCUGCCGCUCCAGCUACCGUCUGCAGGGUUGCCGUUGCCGCAGGAGCUGUUUCGCAGCGCGCGGCACGCGCCUGGCGUUCCCGCGGCUUACGCUGACGUCGCUGUGGCGCGUGGAACCUCUGUGGGGGUGACAGCGUCUGAGCGGCCGCACCCGCCGGGAGAUCGCAGGGUGCCCUGGCAACAGCUCGUGCUGCGGAGCGAUGGCAAGCUCCGGAUUAUGCGACGAGUGAUCUCGUCGUCGUUUUCAGGUCUUCUUCUCACGACCGUAACGUGCGUCGCGGCGCUGCUGCUCGCUUCGUCCAUCGACCUCCCUGCGGUCGCCUACUUCUCGCACGCCGCUGCCUCUGCUGUCUUUUCGCUUUUUUUCUUCCACAUCUUCCUCUUCUGUCCCCUCCUGGUUCGGCUCGAACAGCCGUCGCUAGCUGUAGGUACACCUGAGUGUCCCUCCGGUGUACAGACACUCCCACCGGGCGCCUCGCGGCUUCCGCGGGGAUUUACAAGCCACUCGCCUCCGUUCUCGCCACACGCCUUCACGAAGUCGGGUGUUGCCGUCACGGUUUGCGAGGGAAGUGUGCAGGGACCCGGGUGUGGAGAGCAGAGGAGGCUUGCGGGCGGAGAGAGAGGUUGUGGGCGGCGCGAGGACAAAGGUGGAGAAGAGGUCGAAGUGCGACGAGACGGUGAGGACAGGAAAUCGCCUUCCCAGGCUUCCGUAGGUGCAGCAGGCGAGGACUUGUCGCACGCGUGUUGUUUCUCUCUGCUGCGAGGCACAGAGAACGCUACUACUAACAGAGACAGUGCACGCUUGGCCUCGUUGACGCUGAGACGAUUCGAGUCACGAGGCAUAGGCGACUUCGGGGACGAUGAUCCCACUGCUGAUUUCCCAGGACCCUUUGCAAAAAGGUUUUGCACUUCCUCUGGUGAACGAUGUGUCGACGAGGUCCGACGAGAAGCAGAUCUCACGAUUGACGGAGAACUGUCUCCGCUUGGACCUGAAGAGACAACGGCUCUCCAGACAAGCGGUGUCCCCUCCGCCUUCAGGAGUCGCCUUCUGCAUGUCGACAAUACCCCCCUGUGUGCGUCGUCCUCCUCCGCCAGUGUCGAUUCUGUCUCCUCUCCUGCCUCCCGUAGGCGUCCACGCGACGUACGCGGGAAGGCCUUUGGGCAGUCGCGACACCGGCCGGAGACACCUUUGGGCUCCACGGGCAUCGCCGCCGACCGUGCCCCCGCUGCGGCCGCGCCUCCGCGGGUCUUUGUGAGCGGGGCGGUCGUCGCUCGUCCGUUUCCAGGAGGCACCGGGGCGAGGCGGGGCGACAGCAGCGACGAGGCAAGAGGCGAAGCAGACGAGCAUGCUGCCGAGAAUCCGACUGAGGCAGUAGACGAUCGGGAGAUUGGGAGAGGCAGAGACAUGCGUUCGCGAGAAGCGAAAGUGAAUCUUGUGUGCGCAGGCCUCGGUGGAGAAGAUUUGAUGAGCGAAGACUCUGAUGAUUCGUUUGCGCGUGGGAGAGAUGACGAGGAGGAUGCUCUAGGCUAUUCACAGCGGCUCAUGUUCACGGACAUCGAUGGAGCAAGGACUAGAGAAGGGGUACUUCCAUUUGGACAAUUCAUGCCUUCCUCAGACAGCCGCCCCCCCGUAGGUGUUCCGCAACAUGCCUCGCUGCUUCGCUGUGGAAACCAAGAGGAGAAAAUAGAAGAGUUAGGCGAGUCGCAGAGGAAACUCCUGACGCUGCGACGCGCCGAUAGCUACGGCAAAGAAGAGGAAAGGAGCGACUUUCGAACUCCGAGGAGCGACGGCGCAACGAGCGGGGAGCUCCUGGUCUAUGCACACCCAAGGAGAGAUGAAGGAAGCCGAGAGAGUGAUGAAAGCGGAGGAGCCAGAGCGAGCGACGUUGGAAGACGAAGCGAAGAAGUCUAUGCAAUCGAGCAAUGUGAACGAAGAGGAGAAGCCAGUCCGUCUAACGGAGAAACUCAGAACAGGAGUGCUCCGGCCGGAAUUUAUCGAGAACGAAGGCAAACGCCAGAGAGGAAUCGAGGUGGAGAUCCAAGGCGAGAGCGAUCGAGACGCAGAGAGAAAAAAGGAACUCGUGUCUGGGAUUUCUUCACAAGAAGAAGAAAUCGGCGCGUGGUGCUGACGGUAUUUUUUCUGUUGACGGUGACGAGCGGCCUGCUGUCUAGACACCUGAGCGCGUACUUUGACCUCCUCACCUACCUCAGCCGCGACUCCCCGCUUCUUUCCUUCUUCAACGCCGUCGUGUUCUUCUGGCCCGCGGGGCUGCCUUCGAAGCUUUACCUCGUUCUCCCAGGCGAAGACGUCGUAGGGUAUCGCGACCUGAAACAGCGCCGAAAAAUCAUCACUUUCCUGGAAGAGCUCGAGACACUUCACGAAGUUCAGGGUCCGGUUCUUUCGUGGAUCACCGACUUGGAGGCCCACGUGAAUGGAACGAGUUCUGCGACUGCUCCGGAACACGUGCCGCCAAUGAUAACUCCUGAAUGUCCGUACAUCUCCCCCGACGCAACGCAGCCGCUUCCGUUUCCAUUCGAAGCCUCGCGUUUCAAUGCGCGCGUCCGGGAGUGGACAGGAGACGGAAACGAUACACUCUGCACACUCAGUUCUCUUCAACAGAACGACACAGGCAAGACAGCCGGAGAGAAGGCGCCGUGGCUCCAGAACGUCAUUCCGUCGCGCUACGACUCGUCGUAUAUUCGGAAUGGCAGCCGCAUCGAGGCCAGCCGCAUCAUGCUGAUGGGCGUGUAUCGGCCCGACGACCCGCGCGCAAACGUGGAGACGAAAGGGAAGCUGGAGAACUUGACGCGAGAGAAACUGGGGGUCGACGGCGCCUUCGUGUACGCCGACUGGUUCGAAGAAGCCGAGCGCGACGAGCGAAUCUACAGCAUGGUGGCCAAGCAGCUUCUCGUCGUUGCAGGUGGCCUCGGAAUCUUCCUCGCCUUUUUUCUGUCUCCCGUUGGAGGCCUGCUGGUUGCGGUGCUUCUGGUUGCCAUUUCACUCAUCGUGGCGAGCUGCCUGGUUGUCAUUGGCGCCUCGAUCGAUGUCAUUUCUCUGAUUGCACUGUUCAUGUGCGUCACCUUCACAGUCGAGUACGGCACCCACAUCAUCUACCUUUUCCUUCACACGGGCGACAAGCACAGUCGAGUCGACUCGCGUGUCUCGCCUCUUGUCUGGGACGGAGAGCACUGGCAGGGACAACCCAGACUGAUGGCUACAAACGACACGACAGCUAGCCGCCGGGCUGCGAUCCGAGUGUGGAAGUGUGCGCGACGAGGACUCCCGACUAUCGCGUUGUCAGCCACUGCCAGCUUCCUCGGUGAGAAACGGAAACACGUAAAUGAGGAUAAGAAGUGA